AUGAUGUUCGACGUGAAGACUCCUGCUGGACUCGCAGCUUUUGACGAAGCUCUGCACACGCAAGCCUUCGCCACAGGAUUUGUUCAUUCUGGCGAGGACAGUACUCUAUUUGAAGCCAUCGGAUCGGCUCCAUGCGCGAAAACCUACCCAAAUGUGGCUCGGUGGUACAGAAAUAUCGCGAGUUACGACAAGAGUGAACGCAGUGCAUGGCCAUCAGCCGGCGGCUCUGCUGGUGGAGAUGAGGAGAAGGAAGAUGAUUUGGACCUGUUCGGAUCAGAUGACGAGGAAGAUGUGGAGAAGCAGAAAGUUGUACAGGAACGCCUGAAAGCCUAUGCUGAAAAGAAGGCUGCGAAGCCUGGUCCAAUCGCCAAGUCCUCCGUCAUUCUGGAUGUGAAACCAUGGGAUGAUGAGACAAACAUGGAAGAAAUGGAAAAAUUGGUCCGAGGCAUCGAAAUGGACGGACUUGUUUGGGGAGGAGCCAAGCUGCUCCCCAUUGGAUAUGGUAUCAGGAAGCUGCAGAUCAUUUGUGUGAUCGAAGACCUGAAAGUGUCCGUCGAUGACUUGAUUGAAAAGAUUACCGGUGACUUUGAGGACCACGUUCAGUCAGUCGACAUUGCGGCGUUCAAUAAGAUCUGA